CCACUAAAACUUCCGAAUUAGGGAUGCGGGGAGCAACAGGCUUCGUACAAGGGUUUUUACCAUAGACGACAGUCAGUCAAUGAGUCGUCGGGUUGCUAUUAUGGUCUUGUUAAUCGACUGAUACUAAUUUCUAGAGAAUAAAUCAGCAUCUCAAAAUUCGAGACGCUGCGGAGAUUACAGAGGGUGGUUCCCUAUUUGUAGCCACAAGUGAAGAAUACCUAGAUAUUCAAAAUGCCGUCAUCCACGACACAGUCGCAUGCUCGCUCACAUGCGCUGCUGUUGCUCCAAAAGCUCCUCAAUCUGCGCGACAGCGCGAGUCCGUUGACUCUCGUACUCGACACUCUCGAGCAAAGCGGAAAGCCUAUUUUACGAGAAUUUAUGAGCAGAGCCCAGAUAUCCAAAACGAAGAUAAUCUACAUCUCUUUCGCGACUCUGCGGAAGCCAGCCGGCGUCGAUAUCUUCGUCCGCGCGCAAGGCAAAACAGCCGAGUCGCUGCGUUCAGAAAUCAUCUCACACUAUCCCGCAGGUCACACGCAGAAAACCCUCUUAAUAAUCGACGAGCUUAACCCCCUAUCGGCCUCAAUCCCAUCAGACCUAGCCCUCUUCCUCUCAAGCCUAAUCACAAAUCCCUCUCUCUCCCUCGUAGCCCUCUACCACACAGACGUCCCGCUCUCUCUCCCACGCUCCCAAAUAACAUCCUACACUCCGCACCCCCUCACGAUCCUCACACACCUCGCCACAGCAGUCCUGCGCACCACAAACCUGCACCACGCCAUCGAGCGCCGGCGCGCGCAAAACCGCAGCCAGCGGGACCCAGAGUACGGCCUAGACGAAGGGCGCGAGGGCGUAAUAAUCGGACUGGGUCUACGAAGGGGUAAAACGGCAGCAGCGCAGAGCACGGGUGUGACGCAGGGCCUCGUGGUAGAAAUGGAGCUGCGGCGACGCAGCGGACGGGCCGUGGGCGAGACAUUCGUAUUAAUCCCCACCUCCAGCUUAAAAACGGAAGCAACCGGACAGCAGAGAAGGGCGGAAACCACCCCUUCGAAACUCUACCUUCUCUCGGACCACCCGGCCUUCGCAGGAGAAGAAGGGACGAUAGCUACCGACGACGCGGAAGAGGAACAGCCUGAAUCGACCUUUAAUCUAGGCCUGACGGCGAAGCAGCGGCGUGAUAGAGAGGGCAUCGUGUUGCCGUACUUUGACGCGCAGACGGAUAUUGGGGCUGGCGAGGGCGGACGGAUUCUGUAUGAGAUGGGGCGGGAGGAUGAUUUCGAUGAGGAGGAGGAUGAGAUAUAGAUCACGUGCACUUAUAUAUAUAUAUACAUGUGUGUGUGUGUGUGUAUGUGUGUAAGAUGGUAGGUAGCUGGCUACAUAGGGAGAUAAUUAGAGGCAUAUCAAACACCAUGAACAUUUCACAGUUGAAGACGAAGUCACAAUAUACCGUAUUCACUUUGAUUUCGGUUCUUGUGAAUAUCUAAGUAGUAGUA